AUGGCCUCCCACCAACAAGUUAGUGCAGGUCGGGGUGGUCGCGGUAGUCAGGGCGGUGCUCUAUCGUCUGCACCACGACCAAUGCAGGGUCGAGUGGGUGACGGCCCUGGAGGAGUUGGUGCUUGUUUCGUCGAAGCACACACCACUCAGACCGACAGUGCGGCGGACGAGGAGGAGGAGGAGGAGGACGAUGAGGGGGAGGAUGAGGGGGAGGAGGAGGACGAGGAGGGGAGCGGUGAAGAUAGUGAGCCGGGGUGGACACCAGAGACUCAUGGCGGUGGUGGGGACCGGGGAGGAGAUGAAGAUAAUGAGAUGGAAGGGUUGGAGCCAGAGGGGGUGGAGGAGGGGGUUGGUGAGGGAGGAGGGGUUGCCGCGGCUGCCGCAGAGGAGGCCUCGCAGCAUGUGGGUAGAGGACGGGUGCGAGGCGGCGGUGUUAAGGUUGGGCGAAAGAGGCCGUUAAUUGGGAACCGGAAGAAGAAAGCCGAGAAGUUGCGGACACGAGCAUAUCCUUGCACCUUCAGAGGGGUGGAUUUGGGCGAGGGUUUGGUUGCUCCAGAGUUCCUUGACGAGGAUGGACAGACCGAGAGUAGUAGGGGGAGUGGCAAGGGGAGGAAGAAACAAGGGUGGCAAGUUCAGAUGUUUGGACCUAAGGGGACAAACGACAAGCGUCAAUGCAAGAAUUGCACUGAUCGGAUUUCUUGGAGGGGAUCUACAACUACACCAGGCGAGCGCCACUUUGAGAGCUACCACACUGCUCAUAUGGAUGUGUGGUAUCAUCGUUACCACAAUCCACAUCUGCAACUGCCGGGCGAGACGUUUCCGAGGGGGGGCUACGUUGGAGUGCCGGAUGGCUACGUAUAUUAUUGGCCGCAUGCAGAAAGCUGGCCUAACAUCCCAAAGAAGAGAGGGGCGGCAGAGGGGCGAGGGGCGGAGGGGUCAGGCGGGGCUGGGAUCAAGAGCUACAUGUCGAAGAAGCUGUCAGAAGUGGAGCUUCGUCAGGCGAUCGCCAAGCUGGUGGUGACCUGCGACCUUCCCUUCAAAAUUGUGGAGGCUGAGGCGAACUUCAUACCUUCGCGCUGGACGGUGGCACGCGACACUGUGGCGUUUGCUGCGGCCGCUCUGCAUGCUGCCAAGGCGGAGCUGCUGGGGAAGGAGGGGGAGUUGGGAUGCAAGGUGUCAUACACCAUUGACAUCUGGACUGCACCCAAUGGGAAGGCUUGGCUAGUUGUGACAGGUCACUGGAUGGACGAGUCAUUUCAGCUACGCGAGGCAGUGCUGGAGUUUCGCGAGCUGACAGGUCGUCAUGGAGCGACAACGCCUUGGCCAACAUUUGUCGUGUUCAGGAGGCUGUUGGAGGAGGGUGGUGGUCGGGCUUUCUCCAACUCCCGCCUGCACUUCAGGUAUGAGUGGAGUGGGUGUGGGGGUGAUAUCGGGAUGGCUUGUCAGGGUCGGCAUUGUGGGUGUGUGUGGGUGUAUUUGGGUUUUGUGGAUUCCCCCACGGCAACCAAAGACCAUGUGUCACUACCUCCCAAAUCCCAUCCAUACGGUGCUGUGGUCCGUAGGUGCAUAUCACAUGUGGUUAACCUGGCAGUGCAGGCAGGAUUGAAGGUGGAUGCCAUUCGCGACCUGUUGAAGGUGCUCAGAGAUAUGGCAUCCUGGGUUGGGUACUCGCCGCAGCGCUCGGCGGCGUUUCUGGGACUUCAGCGCAGCUUGAACCUGCAGGCCCGUGUAAAAAAACCAGCCUUGGAGCUGGUGCAAGACAGUCCUACCCGCUGGGGUUCGACUCACGCCAUGAUCGACCGCUUCCUUGAGCUGCAGAAUCCGAUCACUGUGUUCUUGGCCUCGACCCAGGGCCUGGCGAAGGCGGACAAGGAGAGGGUGGAGAAGAUGCGCCUUUCAGAUGAGCAGUGGGAGAUGUUGAAGGAGCUGAGAACAUUUCUCAGCCCCUUCAACAAGGUCUCCAAGGCAGCCGAGGGGAAGGCGUACCCGACUCUGUCGAUGGUGGUGCCGUACUACAACGGCCUCAUCGACGCCAUGGAGGCCCGACUGGCAAAGGGGCCCUCGGCGAUGCUGAAGCCUCUGAUCGAAAAGGCGCUGAAAAACCUGAAGAAGUACGCCUACAUCAGCUGGAUCGCCACCUUCCUGGAUCCAUCUAUGAAGGCGGCGUGUUUUGCCGACGCCCACUGGGAGACACAGCAUCCAAAGACGGAGCGGAGGGAGAGGCCGCGCCCAGCGUCGAGCGUAGUGAUCGCGCUGGUACGUGAUCGGGUGGCCGACCAGGCAGCGGCGACGGAGCUGGCUCCUAGGCCCACUACACUUCCCACGGUGGCAGCGGGGGGGGUGCAGGAUGAUGAGGUCAGCAGGUACUUGUCCGAGAGGGUGCGGUACGAUGUGUCAGCGCUAGAGUACUGGCGCACCUCCACGAACAUGGAGACACUGAAGCGGAUGGCGAGGGAUUAUCUCGCCAUCGCUGCCAAGUCUGCUGCUAGCGAGAGCGUGUUCUCCUUGGGCCGCGACCUCAUUUCAUGGAAGCGUCACCGCCUGAACUCCGAGAGGGCGCGAGACUGCAUGAUUCUCAGAUCGUGGUAUGGAUCGCACCCUGGCCAGAGGAUCGGUGAGGGCCGCCGCACGAAGGGGGUCGCAGCACUGGAGAUUGCUAUUGAGGGCGAGGGUGUGGAGGAGGAGGAGGAGGAGGAGGAGGAGGAGGAGGAGGAGGAGGAGGAGGAGGAGGAGGAGGAAGAGGAGGGGGCGGAGGUGGAGGAGGCGCCUGCGGAGGAGGUGGAGGAGGAGGCGGAGGAGGGGAGAGGGGCGGACGAAGCAGCCAGUGGUGAGGAUGGUAGUGUUGGUAGCGUGGGUUGGACCGGGAUGUAG